UCGACCACAGGCUGGACACGACACCGGACUUGUUUUCAGUUUCAGCACCUGUUACCGGUCCCUCCGGGAUGUGGUCUGCGGGACGGACCGGGUCCAACGAGCCGGACCAGUGAGGAGCCAUUGGGACACCGGGGAGACCGGGGGGACAACCAGGCUGACCAUGUGGGAGAAGAGGAUUCUGCUGCUGCUCCACAGCGUUGAAGCUGUACUGACGUCUCAGUGCUGGCAGGGUGCGACCUUCUCCGAGGCAGUGGUGUCUCCGGCGGUGGAGAGUGGCGACAUCCAGCGGGUGCCCGGCGUGGCGUCCCUGCCGCAGUGCGUGGCGGCCGGCUGCGACCUGCCGGGUUACGACCUGGCCUGGCUGUUCGAAGGCCGCUGCUACAUCCUGAGCUGUCAGCAGAAGGAGAGCUGCCGGCCCCGAGAGAGACCCGGGGCCGACUCCUUCCUGGCCUUCCUGCGGAGGGCGUCCCCCCAGACGCUGGUGCUGCAGUCGUUUGUGAGAGGAGAACCCUAUGCUGGCCGCUGGAGGCCCUUCGUACGAUCCUCUGAGGCCCCCGGAGACCUGGAGGCCCUGAAGGACCUCGCCCUAGAGGACGGGCCGCAUCAGGACUUCUCUGACCCCGGCAUGCUGGAUGCAGAGCAUCCAGAGAAAAGCCAGGAGGAGAGGGAAGGGCCGAACAAUCAGCCGUCUUUGGAAGGAAGAGACAAGUUCAACCAAUCAGAGACAGAGGAUGGUCCACAGUGGGGGCGGACAGGAAGCAGCCCAGCCCAGAAUAGAGCCUCCUCUGGGGGUUACGUCCGACAGGGAGACGACAAAAACUGGAGACCAACUACGUCUGCAGAGAAAACGACCGAAACACAAAUUAGCAUUGAUUCAACUUCAAGGAUGUUUUUACUGCUCCCGAAACCGACGACUGUCACUACCCAACACAACCAUAAAAGGCCUUCCCUUCCCGGCCUCGCCACACCCACCUGGCCCAUCGGCACGUCCAUACAGCCAGAUGUACUGAAGGUGCUCCAGUCAGCAGUCAGCGCUCAACCGACCACCACCCAUCUCCCAGACAGAGCUCUGACCUCUGUCCCCACCACCACCCAAACACCUAGCACCAUCCCUCCAACCGCGGCAACUGCAGACUCUGUAUCAGAGGUCAGGGGGUCAAACCGUGGCCCUGUGGCCAUCGUUGGUCCUGACAGGAAGUUGCUCCUCCCAAUGAGCAGCUUGUCGCUCGACGGCAGCAGAAGCACCGACGACUGCGGCAUCGCCAGCUACCGCUGGGAUGCCGUCAGCGGCCCCCCGGGGUUAAAGCUGGAAAGAGCGGACCAGGCAGUCGCCACGGCAUCAGGUCUUCGGGUGGGACGCUACACCUUCAGACUGACUGUCUCUGACCAGCAGGGGGCAACAGACAGAGCUUCACUGACUGUCAGGGUCCAGGAAGCCACAAGUCUUCCUCCUGUGGCUCAUGCCAGUGGCAGCCACACUGUCUCUCUGCCCAACAGUUCUCUGGUCCUUCUGGGCUCCGUGACCGACGGAGACCAGACCGAGGUCCACUAUCUGUGGGUCAGAGACAGCCAGAGUCCUGCUGCUGGGGACGUCCUGUACGCCUCGGAGACUCGGGCCUCCCUCUACCUGGCCAACCUGGUGGAGGGAACCUACCUGUUCCAGCUGAGGGUGACGGACGCUCAGGGGCGCUCCAGCACAGCCACGGCCACCGUGGAGGUCCGACCAGAGCCGGGCGGGGGGGAGGAGGUGGAGCUGGAGAUGCUGGUGUCGGUGUCUCAGGUCAGCGUGGCUCAGAGGGACACGGUGGUCCGGCAGCUCGCCGCCCUGAUCCACGUCCUCGACAGCGACAUCAGGGUCCGAGCGCUGCAGGGACACUCGCACCUCAGCACCGUGUUGCGGUUCUCGAUUUGGGGCCCCGCAGGUCCGAUCUCUAGCUCCCGGCUGGUGGUUCUGCUGAGGAACCAGCUGCUCAGAGAGAAGAGCGACUACCUGCUGUUCAGGGUCCUGAGAGUCGACACCGUCUUGUGCCUGCUUCACUGCUCGGGCCGAGGUCAGUGUGAUCCAAUCACAAAGGAGUGUGCAUGCGACCCCUUCUGGACGGAGAACCUCCUUCGCAGAUACCUCGGUGACGGCGAGAGUAACUGUGAGUGGAGGGUGCUGUACGUCAUCCUGACCAGCUUCGUGCUCAUGGUCUUCAUCCUGUCCGUCAGCUGGACCUUCAUCUGCUGCUGCAGGAGGAGGAGACAGACCAAAGUGAGGAAGAAAACCAAAUACACCAUCCUGGACAACAUGGACGACCAGGAGAGGGUAGAGCUCCGACCUAAAUUCAGUAUCAAACACCGCAGCACCGAGCACAACUCCAGCCUGAUGAUGUCAGAGUCAGAGCUGGACAGUGACCAGGACACCGUCUUCAGCCGGGACCGACCCGUCCGCAGCAGGAACCGGAUCAGCGCCCACGCUGCCCGCAACGGAAACGCCUUCGGCUGAGCCUGGACUCUUUUGGGAUGUUUGCAUUCUGUCAACCUCAAGUGGCGACAAGAGAUUUAAGAACUUAAUUACCCAGAAUUCCUGUUUCUGUGAGGUCAGUCAAAUGAACCAGUGUCCAUCUGCAGGGUGAAGUUCUUUCAAAAGGACAUGAGGACUUAAGGCGAUGCGGGAUGUCACUGCAUCAUGUGGGUUCGGGACAAUUGGAGAGGACAUGUUGGCACAUUCUGAUUUAAAGUUCUCUGAUUGGAUCUCUAAUGGGUUCUCUAAUUGGUUCUCUAAUUAGUUAUCUGAUUAUGUCUCUGAUUGGUUCUCCAAUUAUUUCUGAUUGGUUCUCUGAUAGAUUCUGUGAUUGGUUCUCUGAUUGGUUCUGAUUGAUUCUGUGAUUGGUUCUCUGAUUGAUUCUG